AUGUCCACACAUUCCCAAUCGCCUCACAAUGUCGUCCAAGAAAAAUCGGCAUCUCCUGAGGUAGUUAGGGAUCCAAUACAUGAGGAAGAUAGUUUCUUUUCUGGUUAUAAUACAGCCAUACCAACAAUAACAUCACGAGUUUUAUUUACAAACAGCUACAACAAUACAGCAACAGAUCAACAACAACCCAAUACAGCCACAACAACAAACACAUCUAAAUCAUCAACACCGAGCAAAAAAUCACCCUAUGAAACAAGACCAUCUUCAGCUCCACCAAAAAAGUCUUCCUCCACAACACCACCAGUCCUUCAAAAAGCUCCAAUAACAAAACCUAAGGAAGAACCUAAGGUUGAUUUAAAGCCUUAUUAUAUGGAUAGAAAGAAACCCUAUGAUGAGGAUAAAGUAAAAGAGUUUAUGAAAAAGAAGCAGAAGGAAAUAUUUAAUCAAAAAGCAGAGAUUAAUAAGGCAAAGGAAGCCGAAAGGACAAAGAGAGAACAAACACUUCAAAAAUUAGAAGCAUAUGUAAGCAAGACAGUGCCAAAACCUAAGAAGAAAUCUAUUUCUCCAAAGAAGAAGAUGAAAAAGAUGACAUCCGAACAAGAACAAAAAAUAGUAACAACUUUGGAUUCUCUUUUAAAGAAACAUAGAUCUAAGACUCCACCUUCUUCCUCAAUACGAAAAGAAGAAAAAUCUAAAAAAAAGGAAGGGGAAAAAUCAAGUGGAGAUGCAAAGAAAAAGAAAGUUAAAAAGACCAAGUCAGAAACGGACACUAGGCCAUAUUCUGCACCAUUAUAUUAUGAUCAUAAUCUAUACCCUUCCGAGAUUGACAGACGAGAAGUCAUGUUCCCACACGUAUACUCAGAGAUACGAAAGGAAAUGUACAAAACAGAGCCAACCAUUUUCGCUCAACAACCAUUCAGCCCAAUCCAUUCCUCUCCACCAAUGUCAAAAGUAAUUGUGACAUCCCACCAAGAUAAUCAUAACUCGUCCUAUAUUCAAAACCAUCCAUCGAACAAUAAUACCAUAAAACAAGCUUGGACUGAACAGAGACCAUCAAGUCCAGAGAUACUUGAAUUACCUAGUACUGAUGACCUUCUAAGACGCCAACCUACAAACAUUGUUUACACUAAGCCUUCACCUAAUUUUGUUUCUCAUCCAAACUUUGUUGAUAGAGAAAUUUUUAAAGAAGUUGAAAAACCAAAACUAACGAUGGAUGCCCAAGUUGGUACUUCUCCUCAAGGUAAAAAGCCUGAUGAAAAGUCUAAGGAAGACAUCUCAAGGCGAUUAAUUGAUUCUCUCAAUGUAAUUGAGAAAAUCAAACAAUCAGAAGAGAGUAUUCUUUCGAUAAACAUCAAAAGAGCUAGCUUGCUCGAAAAGAAGUUGGAAAAUGAAAUUAAAAAAGAAGAAGAAGCUCUUGAAAUGCUGGGUAAAAAGGCUGAAAAUAUUCAUAAUAGUCAACUUCUUAGAGAAGAAUCUUUGAUGGAUACUACUUCGAGUAUGUCUUUUGAAGAAACACUGAGUGUUUCAACAGAAUUCGAAGAGAGAGAAAGAAACAUUGAGAAUAUGAAAAUGGAACUCAAAGCUCUUCGUUCCAAAAAGAAGAAGCAAGAGGCCAAGAUACAACAAUUGCUUCGUUCCAAGAAGAUAGAGCAAAAGAUCAAGGAGGUCAAGAAUGAACUCAUGAUUCAAGAUAAAAAGCUUUCAGAAACCUCUUAUGAAAGCGAAACAUCAUCUGAGGAAAUUUCUACUUCUCCUGUAUCGAAUUCUGUAAAGAGAAAAAAGCUGAAGAGAGUUGAUGAAGAAAUCACUCAAGAGGAUCUCAAGGCAAAAAUUGAAAAUGAAAUUAAGGAAAAUCUUCUGAAGAAGAUAGAACAAGAUUAUGUAAUGAAGAGACAAAUAGAAGAGGAAAUUAUUAGAAAAAAGUUAGAAGAAAUCGAUAAUGAACGUAGAAAGAGGGAUGAAGAGAUGAGGUUGAGACUUGAACAACAAUUUGCCCAAAGAGAGUCAAUCAUCACUCAGUUCAUCGAAGAAGAGGCCAAGAGACGCGAACUCAAAGAUUCCAAUGAAAAGCUAUCUGAAGAGGAUAAGCAAUUGAAAGACAUGCUUGAGAAGGAAAAACUUUUACGUAAGCAACUUGAAGAUAAGCUCAGUAGGAGUAAACAACAACUCGAAGAACAACAACGUCUUGCUAGAGAACAAGAAGAGGAAAUGAGAAGAAGACAUAUUGAACAAGAAGACAUUAUUCGUAAGCAGCUUGAACUUGUCUCUAAGAGAAAGGACGAUGAACUCUCCAGAAAUAUGGAAGAAGAGUUGAAGAGAAAGUUGGAGGAAGAAAAUAAUAUUCUCAAACUCAAGAAUGAAGAGCAAGCUUUGAGACACAAGCUCUUAUCUGAAGAGAGAAAGAGGAGGGAACUCGAACAAACAACUGAAAAGUUCUUUGAAGAAGAGUCUCAGCUUAAGGAUAUGCUUGAAAGAGAAAAACUUUUACGUAAGCAACUUGAAGACAAGCUCAGCAAGAGUAAGCAGCAACUUGAAGAGCAACAACGUAUUGUUCGUGAGCAAGAAGAUGACCUUAAGAGAAAGCAACUCGACCAAGAGCAAAAGCUUCGUGUCCAGAUCGAAAUGGAAGUCGCUAAAAGAAAAGAGGAAGAGAUGGACAGAAAGAUGGAACAACAACUUCUCAAACAUAAAGAGGAACAACAAAGGCUCUUGAAGGAACAAGAAGAAGAAUUAAAGAGAAGACAGGCCGAGCAGGAAGAAAUAAUUAGAAAACAAAUUGAGCUCAUUGCCAAAAGAAAGGAAGAGGAGCUUUCUAAAAAGAUGGAAGAAGCUCUCAGAAAAAAGUUAGAAGAAGAACAAAAUCUUGUUAAACUCAAGGGUCAGGAAGAGGUUCUUAGACAAAAAUUGCUCAAUGAAGAAAGAAAGAGAAGAGAACUCGAAGAAGAGACUGAAAGAAAGAUUCAAGAAGAGAAUAGGUUGAGAGAAAUGCUCGAAAAAGAAAAGUCUCUCAGAAAGCAACUUGAAAACAAGCUCAAUGAAAGUAAACAGCAGCUCGAAGAUCAACAACGUCUUGCCAAAGAACAUGAGGAUGAAAUGAGAAGAAAUCAAUUGGAACAGGAAGAUAAUCUUCGUAAACACAUUGAGAUGGAAGUUGCCAAAAGAAAGGAAGAAGAGCUUGCCAAAAAGAUGGAACAAGAGCUUGUAAAACAAAAGGAAAUUCUUCUCAAGAAGGAACAAGAGAAGCAAGAAAAGCUCAAGAGGGAGUUACUCUUACAAGAUUCUGAAAGAGAGGAUAGCAUUAGGGAAGAGCUCGAAAGACUUCAUGAGGAACAGGAGCAAUUAGAACAAGAAAAGCAAGAGUUCCAAAGAAGACAACAAGACAGAGUAGAGCAAGAAAAACUCAAAAUGCAACAACUCGAUGAAGAAAAGGCAAGACUUGAAGAAGAAAGACUUACCUAUUCAAAGAAAAAGGAAGAGUUGAGAAAAGAAGAAGAAAGACUCAGAAGGGAGAAGGAAAAGCAAGAAGAAUUGUUGAAGAAUUCACUCAAAAAGCAAGAAGCAUCUGAAGAAGAAAUUAGAAAAAAGAUGGAAAUGCUGCAAGAGCAACAAGAGGAAAUCAAACGAAAGGAGCAAUUAAGGAACAAAGAGCUUGAGGACGAACGUAUUAGACAGGAGAAACGUAAACAAGCUGAAAUCGAAAAGGAAGAGCUCAGAAAGGAAGAAUUGAGAAAGGAAGAGCUCAGAAUCCUCAAAUUGAAAGACGAGUUGAAGCAACAAGAACAAAACCAAAAGGAAUUAACUCGUCAAGACGAAAUCAGAAGAGAAGAACAAAGAAAGGAAGAUCUGAGACAAGAGGAGUUAAGAAAAGAGCAAUUACGUCAAGAAGAGCUCAGAAGAGAGGAAUUAAGAAAGGAACAACAAAAACAACAAGAGUUGGAGGAAGUCAGAAGAGAAGAACAAAGACAAGAAGAAUUGAGAAAGGAACAGUUACGUCAAGAAGAACUCAGAAAGGAAGAGCAAAGACAAGAAGAACUUAGGUUAAAGAAGCUCAAUGACGAAGAAGAUGCUAAACAGCAACAAAUGCUUGCUCAAUCAGAUUUUGAUGAUGAUAUUAGUUCUGAUUUUGAAGAUUUCGACGAAAACAAGGUUGACUCAGAACCAUCACCUCAAACUGAAAAGUUCCACGUGGAAGAAGAAGUAUUGGAGCAAGAUGACUUUGACUUUUCCAGCGAUUCUAUUGAAGACGAAAAUACUAUUGGUGAUGAUGAUAUUCACUUACACGAGCAACAAUCUCCACAGCAAGUUGAUCAUCACGACGAAGAUGAAGACUUUACUGGAGAAACUUUAUCAGAUAUGCACAUUCACGAUCAUGACGAAUACCAUGUUUUCAAUACUAAACUAGGUCCAUUACCUUCCCUCAAAGAAAAACCAAGAUCAGGAGAAAUUAUUCAAACUAGGGAACAUGUAGAAAAUCUUCUAAAUAUUAUUCACAACAAUUCUAAGGAUAAGAAUCUAGACAAGGUUGGAUCUGUCUGUAAUCUUGUUGACGUAUCAGUUCUUGAAAAGUCAUCCAAUCCUAAUCAAGAUGCUUUUAAUCAACUCGUCUUGGAAUCAUUCAAUUUUUACCUGAGUGAAUACAACACCAUCAUGCAAUCUGAACACGUUGGAGUUGCAUUUAAGGGUCACGUCUUUGGAAGAGAAGAAAAUAUUAGAAAGAAAAAGAAUAAUUACACCAAUGUUCAUCAAUUGACUCCUUUCCAAUUUGUGUUUGAUAGCCUUGUUAAAUCCUUUGAAUUAUCCAAGAAUGAGCAAUUUGUUGAUCAUACACUCUCUGACAUGGAAAAUGAAUACCUUCCAAAACAUUCAAUUCCUUUAAUUCCUGGUAUCCUCAAACCUGCAGAAAAAUGGAAAUCCUCAAACCUCGAAGAAGAAAUGAUCAAAAACUUUAUUACUGACCAACUAUUUGAUACUUUAUUGCUUGAUACUGCAAUGGAGUUGUAUGAAACUAUUCACUAA